AUGUAUAUAGAUCUGUAUGGUUGGCAUCCCAUGACACCAACUAUACACAAAGUCUUGGUUCAUGGUGCAGCAUUGAUAACUCAUGCAAUUCUACCAAUUGGCCAGCUAUCGGAAGAGGCAUCUGAGGCCCGCAACAAGCACUAUCGGCAAUACAGAUUGCAUUUCGCUCGAAAAUUUUCACGAGUGGAUUGCAACAGAGAUAUAUUGCAUAGGCUGCUACUUAGUUCAGAUCCAUAUAUAAGUAACUGCCGACAAAGGCAACACAAGAAAACUGAGCCCUUCUCAAAAGAGGCAGUCAAUCUAAUGAUCGCAAACCCACCACCAAUACCACCAACUGAAGACGAUCGUGAUAGCGGAAGAAAUAUGGAAGAUACUGAAGAAGGUGAUUAUGAAGAAGAUAACGACAAGGAAGAUGACGAUGAAGAAGAAGACGAAUAUGAUGAUGGAGAAAAUGACGACAAACAGUAUAAUUCUAAUUAA